UUAAGCACUUUUGUAUUAUGCCUCAUAGCUGCUAUUUUUACCAUGUGUAAAAUAGUAAAGAGGAAAAGAAAUAGAAGGAUGAAGGAGAAAUUUUUUAUAAGAAAUGGAGGUGUAUUGUUACAACAACAGUUAUCUGCUGAUGGUGUCAUUGAAAGAACAAGGAUUUUCACAAAAAGCGAGUUGUCCAAGGCCACUAACCGAUUCAGUGAAGACCGAAUACUUGGACGAGGUGGACAAGGAACAGUUUACAAAGGAAUGCUUACUGAUGGCAAAAUUGUAGCAAUCAAAAAGUCAAUGAAGGUGGAUGAAAGCCAGAUAGAACCAUUCAUCAAUGAGGUUAUCGUUCUUUCACAAGUCAAUCACAGGAAUAUAGUAAAACUACUUGGUUGCUGUUUAGAGACAGAAGUUCCUCUAUUGGUCUAUGAAUUUAUCCCUAAUGGCACCUUCUCUAGCCUCAUUCAUAAUCAGAUUGAUCAUUCAUUCCCCUUCACUUGGAACUUCAGAUUGAGAAUAGCAGGUGAAGUAGCAGGAGCAUUGGCAUAUUUACACUCGGCAAUCGCAAUUCCUAUCUAUCAUAGAGACGUCAAAACCAACAAUAUACUUUUGGAUGAGAAGUACAUAGCCAAAGUAUCAGAUUUUGGAACCUCAAGGUCCAUUGAAGCUGAUAAAACUCAUACAACUACACUCGUCAUAGGUACUUUUGGCUACUUGGAUCCGGAAUACUUUCAGUCAAGCCAAUUUACUGAGAAAAGUGAUGUCUACAGUUUUGGGGUUGUUCUUGUUGAGCUCUUGACAAGAAAAAAACCCAUAUCAGCGUCUGAAUCAGAAGAAGACAGUCACUUAAACUUGGCCACAAGGUUUUUGACCCUGAUGGAUGAAAAUCGUGUCGACAGUAUUCUUGAUCGUCAACUUCUACAUGAGAGCAUGGAGGAAGAGAUUAUGGCUGUUGCCAAACUGGCUCAAAGAUGCCUGGAUUUAAAUGGGAAAAACAGGCCAACUAUGAAGGAAGUAGCCAUUGAGUUGGAAAACAUUAAAAGGGCAGCAAAAGGUUCAACUGUUCACAGCCAACUGUUCAAGCAAGGAGAGUGUGAAUCUGUUUUGUUAGCUGAUACUGAAACUUCAUGGACAGCCGAAAGUGAUAGCACAGAUGCCGUUCCACUAGUAUGGCGUACAGUUUAA